AUAUAUAGAUAUAUCUGGUACACAUGAGCGAGUGACAGGUUUUGGGAGAGAAUUUUCCUACUGCAGUUCGCGAUAUUAUAGUGAUAAUAGGAUAGAUAGAUAGAGAGAGAAAGAGAGAGAGCGAGAGAGAGAGAGAGAGAGGACUAGAUGCGCCUGAGAUCGAUCCGGAGGAAGAACGAGAGAGGAAGAAAUCGCGGACGCUUCUUAGGCGACGACCUAUGGACGAUGCGCGAAGAUCAUCAUUAAAUCGACGGGUGUCGGAGCCGGUACCUGGUCGCUGCUCCCCGAUUCGACUCAUCGAUCGCCAAUCGCGCGAGAUUAUCGCGAGGAAAGGGGCUUUACUACGCAGAACCCCCCGAGAAAGAGGGAGAAGGAGAGGGAGAGAGAGGAAUUUGAGAAAUAUAAUUGUCGAGAGCUGUUGAAAUAUAUAAUAAUGUUCCUGCGCAUCGACGACAAGCUACUACGCUUCGGGAUACUACUUCUGUUGUGGAUAGGCUCGAGCUGUCAGCAGGAGGAGGACAUACCUCACAAUGAAGUGAAAAACUGGGCCUUAAAGUUUGGAGUGGAUUUAUGGGAGUUUGGGAAACAAGUAACUAAAAUGAAUGAGAUACAAAGGAAAUACCAUGAGGUGGAUGCAGAUGUCAGAAAAAGAGAUGGUCUUGUUCUUGUUCGGGAAAUGGCCAUGGAAGUGAAAAAUAUGAUUGACUUUAAAAUGAAUGCUGUAAUGAGAUUGGUCGAGAGCGCCGAGCAAGCCGCGGUGUCGAUGCCAAAAGAAGGGAAUGUAUCGCCUAAAUAUUAUGCUUCACAUCGGCUUAAUAACUUUGUUAGUGACGGAAAGGCCGGCUCGCAAGAAAUGUUCCUCACUGUAAAUCGUCAUUUUGACCAUUUAGCAGUGAACGUUAGUUUGUCUGCCGUGCUUUUGCCAAGUGGAGUUAAAGACAGCGAACGUGAUGUUGCUGCGGGCAUUCAAUGGAGCGAAUAUUUAGAUCUCUUGUUUGUUAAUAAUUAUGAGAGCGAUCCUACACUAUCAUGGCAAUAUUAUGGAUCGACGACAGGAUUUCUACGUCGUUUUCCAGCGAUAUCGUGGCCGCCGAUGGAAGCUACAUUCGGAAGGUCCAAGUCCUCGCACCAUCGCUCUGUUCGCGACAUAUACGACUUUAAAAUGCUGAAUUGGUUUAUCGGGGCGGCGAAUAGCCCAAGGGAUCUAGCAAUAUUGAUCGACAGUGCGACUUAUUCAUCCGAUAAGAAUCGGCGAUUAACAAUAGCCACAACGAAGGUCAUUCUGGACACCCUAGGACCGAACGAUUACGUCAACGUAUAUCGUUACGGUGAAAACGCCGAGGAGAUCGUGCAAUGUUUCAAGGACAGCUUGGUGCAGGCUUCGCCGGAGAAUAUUCACGAGAUGAAGGUCGCAUUGGGCUCGGUGAAACACGAGGAUCCAGCGACCAACAUCUCAGCUGCGCUCAGCACUGCCUUCGAGAUCCUGCAGAAAUAUAACCGGACCGGCCAGGGGAGCCAGUGCAAUCAGGCCAUUAUGUUGAUCACUUCCGACACCAGCAGCCCGCCUAUGGAAGUCAUAAAACGUUACAAUUGGCCGCACAUGCCUGUUCGCAUCUUCACUUAUCUCAUCGGCGGUGAUAAGAGUCCCGAACUCCGAAAUACGGCUUGCACCAAUAAGGGAUUUUAUGCGAGAAUAACAAACGUGGACGAAAUCCAUGAUAAAGUCUUUGAGUACGUGAAGGUUCUAGCGCGGCCUAUGGUACUUUAUCAGCAUGAUCAUCCUCUCCACUGGAGUCCUGCUUAUAUAGGUGGAAAGAGUAGUAUGUAUGGCAAAGAAAAUCGCGGUCAACUAAUGACGUCUGUGACAGCUCCAAUCUUAGAUCGCCGAAAUUAUACGGUAAAAACAGCCAAUUUAUUGGGUAUCGUUGGUACUGACGUACCUGUUGAGGAGAUUCAGAAACUCGUGCCGCCUUACAAGUUAGGAGUUAAUGGAUAUUCAUUUAUUGUUGACAAUAAUGGCAGAGUUCUGUAUCAUCCUGAUUUGCGGCCUCUCCCUGGAAAUAUAGAAUAUGAAGAAACGCUGAAGCCUUCAUAUAUAAGUGUGGAUUUAUCGGAAGUUGAACUCGCAGAAUAUGAUGGCCCUUCGACCCCUCCAAACAAUUCUCUCCUCCUCGAUUUGAGACGUGAUAUGAUCGAUCAAAAAGAAGGAGAGACAGAUUUUACAAUCAAAAUUCAUUAUGACAAUAUGAAGAGAGUUACGAUUAGACGGCACAAUUAUUUUUACACGCCGAUCGAAGGUACUCCAUUUUCUUUAGGCCUAGCUUUACCAGAAGGGUACGGCAUGUCCGAAUUGCGUGCCGAGCACGAAAUCAAACUCGCUAUUGUAAAUGUAACAGAGUAUUUCAAAGGGGGCAACUGGAAAGUGCAUCCCGAUUGGGUCUACUGCGAAUAUAAUUCGGCUUCCGAUAAGUUCUUUUCUUCUCCCGAGGAACGCGUCUUGCAUUUUCUAGCACGAACGCGUAGACCGGGUUGGAAGUGGAUGUCCUUGAGAGCAAGGAGUCCUAGCUCGCACCAUAAGCAAGCGAGCAAGACGGAUAAAGAUGCUUAUUAUUGUGAUAAGAAACUAGUGCAAUCCCUAGUCAUGGAUGCUCUAGUGACAGAUGGGUUUGAUAAGAGGGAAGGACAAAGGAUGCACAAGGAGGAAAAUGAAAACCCUAUUGCCAUACUGAUGGCUCUGCUGCACAGUCAAGGCAAGGGUAGAUUUGGCGUCACGAGAAGUUUCAUUGCAACCAGAAGUGGACUCCUGCGAUGGCACGAGCAUCAGCAGCAAACCGACGACAACGUUGACGAACCGCGAUUCGCGGAAAAGCAUUCUAGAGCUAUGGAUUCAACGUGGUAUAAACGUGCAGUGGAUCAACACUCCAUAGAACCAGAAAGUUUCGUCUUCAGCGUACCAUUUGAUGCGGCCGACACAGCCGAUCCGCUUGUCACCGCCACUCACGCGGUAUACAUCGGAAAAAGUCACAAAGCUCCAGCGGCAGUGGUGGGUUUGCAAUUUCAACACUCGUCUUUGGCAACUCAUUUCGUCAAUAUCACUUCUACGUGCACCGGUAUGACAGGAUGCAAAAAGAAUUGCGCGUCUGAAGAGCUCGACUGUUAUAUUCUAGAUAACAAUGGAUUUAUCAUUAUAAGCGAACGUCACGAACAUACCGGAAAGUUUUUCGGCGAAAUAGAUGGGACAAUAAUGGAUUCUUUAGUACAAGAUAGGAUAUACAGAAAAGUAACUGUUAUUGAUUAUCAAGGAACCUGCAGUCCUCAAGAAUCUCAUCAAUCGUCAGCGCCGCGAACUCCAGCCAGCUCUGUUAUAAAAACAGCGGUGUCAUUCGGCAAUUUUCUUUGGACUCUGGUCUUAAGCCUCAGUAUUCAAGAUUUUUGGCGACCAACAUUGGCAUUUGCUAAAGAGGCAAUGCAUUCGUUAGACGACGAUAUAAUAUUCAACGAAGGCGAAACCCACGAUUUUGAGUCACUUGCGCCUGUCGAUUCGACAGAGGAGGCGACAUCGGACAACAACAACAACAUAUAUAUGAGAUUUCCGAUGGUUGCGCCGGUUUCACCACCGACCACUCGAGCCACUUCCGCUCAUUAUCCCCGAAAAUUGCGCUCCUGUGAGAAGAAGACAGAUUUGUAUAUUCUGCAACCUGAACGGCUUAAUACCAGCGGCCAAAGUAAUCCUUUGAAGGGAAAGCUCACCAAUUGUCACGUUACUGGAUGCGAAAGACCGUUCAGUGUUCAAAAGAUUCGUCACACCAAUUUGAUAUUGCUGGUGGUCGACACCUUGUGUCCAUGCGGCAGUAAACAAUUGAGUAUUGAACCCAUUGAGGCUUUGACAGAACCCGGAGCGUGCACGGCAAGGAGAGAACGCUUGUAUCGACGAAGACCACCGAAAUGUAUAAACUACCAUCCUGAAGAGAUGGAGAUUAAAUUCUGCGGCGACGCGGGUCGUCUUAUUGUUAGUUUCUCGUCGUUAAAUCUUAUAGUUCUCUUAUCCAUCGUUACAGUGCGGCUGUUACUUGCGUGACUUUAUCGUCAUUAUUAAUUAAUAUAUUGCGCGUGCAUUACGCGCGCAAAUACAUAUAU